UUUCUUGUUUGCUCAUCGCUAGAUCAACGUGCUCUCUUUUUCUUUUCUUUAUAUUAGUUUUUAUCAAUGCUGAAGAAAACGAAAUCAAAGGCAAAGGAAAACAAAGACGCGCAAUAUGAGUGAUCUUGAGGAGAUGGACAGCGAAAGGCUCAACGAGCUGGAAUCGAUUCUGUAUGCCUCGAUCCACUACAGCGAUGGAACUGACGAGCAAGGUGCCGUGGAUCAGCCAGCGAUUGUGUCACUCAGCGACCACGAUGUCAGGAGCAUGCCACCCCCUGUACAGCAGCCCAAGGAGCUCCCAAAUCCUGGCCAGCGUUUUGUCAGCGGAACGAGGGUAAUCAACAACAACAAUGCGGGUCAGAAGCAGAAAUCACGCUACUGGGCGGAGGGAGCCGAGGGGCAGGGACAGGUGGUGCAGACGGAGGAACAACAGGCGACCACAAACAAAACAAUUCCAGAUGCAGAAGUGCCACCUCCACCAGCAACCAAAGAAGCCGAAAAGCCCAAGCAGAAAAGUCAAUUGCAGUCGCCUAAAAAAACAACUCCCAACCAACCGAAAUCAGCAAAUCAACCAUCCAAACAGCAGCAAAAUGAGCAACCUAAAUCACAACAAACUCAGCAGAUGAAGCAGCCACAAAAUCAGCAGGCGAAACACCAGCAAAAACAGCAACCAAAACAACAGCAACAAAAUCAGCAACAGAAACAGCAGCAAAAUCAGAAGCCAAAGCAGCAGCAAAACCAGCAGUCGAAGCAGCAGCAAAGCCAGCAAAAGAAGCCACUGCCAAAGUCGCCAGUAGUACAAAAAGCAAACCCGCAGGCCAACACACCCACCAAAGUAAACCAUGAAGCGUACGAGGAGGAGCGUUUCGACCAGAGGCUUCUGGUGGCGAUCCCACCGAAUUGCCCACCCAAGAAGCAGAACAAACCGCAGCAAAACAAGCAGCAGCAGCAGCAGCAAAACAAGCAGCAGCAGCAGAAGAAACAGCAGCAACAGAACAAACAGCAGCAGCAAUCGGGACCUGGAGCUGGACCCUUCGGAAAGGCCAAUCGCAAACUGGAGCAGUUGCAGCGCUUGGCUAGCAAAAAACAGAAAUCGAAGCAGGCGCAGUUGAACAAAAACCAGCGCAAACUACAAUCUAAACCUGUGGUGUUUUUGGAGCUGUCGGAUGAUGAGGGCGAGGCGCAGUUGACCAAACAACAGCGCAAGCUGCAAUCUAAACCUGUAGAGAUUUUGGAUCUGUCGGAGAAUAGUGAAAGCUCGAAUGGCGAUGAUGAUGUUGUGCUUGUACCACUGCCACCAGCUCCCAUCAUCGAUCUGGACACCAGCGAUGGAGAGCAGUCGUGUAGUCCACCUGAACUGUUUCACGAGGAGAACGCCAUGGAUGCCACCGACAUAAACAUGGGCUUGUCUUGUGUUACGGAACCGGAGGAGAUGGGCGUGGUAAGUGGAAAUACUCCACCAUCCAUGCAUUCGCCCUGCUGUUCCGUGAUGUCCAGCGAUGACUUCAUUGUGCAAAAGGACACCAGUCGCUUUUUGGCAGAACGUGAGAAUGCGAAUGACGAGGAUCUCCUGGUGCUGACAGAGAAUGCCAUCAGGGAAUCCUUUGGUCAGAAUCCACCAAACAUGGAGGCUGUGGAGGGAGCAGUUCAAGAUAAAGAAACCGAUAUCGUGAUUGAAUCCUCUUCGGAACAUGAAUUUGUUCCACCUUCGCGUUUGGAGGAAAUAAAACAGAACUAUCGGGUUGGAGAUCAGCAGUUCAGGGCUCUGGACGUUUAUGAGAGCGAGUCCGAUCUCACCGAGAGUGGCAUUUACUCGAAGGCCAAGCCCAAGAACGCACCCACGAUUAUCCGGAGCGUGGACUCGCUCUCGGACAGCUCUUCCCUGGAGGAGGUAGUGGAACCCAGUGUGCAGAAGACCAAGCGUCUGCGCAAGCGCUCCUGCUCCACCAACAAUCACAGCCAGUCGGACGCGAACAACGAGGACGGGCUGAAUGAUUCGGACAGUGAUGAUGGGGUCCACUCCACUGGAGUUCCUGGCAUAUCCCGUGGCAUGGCCGUUGAGCGUUGCAAGCGGAAGAUCCGAAGGAUCAGCGUCAGAAGAAACUCCGAUGAGAACCCGAAGAAAGUGGCUCGCAUCCACAAAGCAAAACAAUCGGCGAGUCAGGAAACUAGUUCUGAAUCCGCUACCGAGGCUGAAUUGCCAAGUGCCCGGGAGAUCGCCGAGAGAUUACUCAACCAGGAACAAGAAAAGGGAGUGGAUCAGGUACAGGAAACCCCUGACGACGAUAUGGAUAAUGUUUCCAUAGGUUCCGACGUGGGUUCCAAGGGUGAAGCAGAAUUCCGCGAUGCCAUGACGGAUCGUUUGGCGGCGGUCUUCGAGCGAAUGGAUGCCCAGGUUCGAAAAUCACAAGAGGAGCAGGAACAAUUGGAUGCCAGUGGAUAUCAAUCGGACGAAGAAGAUUCUCGAGACAAGACAGCAGACACCACAGUGCAAUCCGAGGAGGAUGUGGAUGUCUCCGCUGAGCUUCAGGGAGCAGAUCCAGAGGAAAAUGAAGUGGAGGUAGUAAAGGAGGAGCCAGGCAUCCAAGUGGAGCUCAACUUGCCAGAACUCACAGAUGAGAGUCUGCCAAGUGGCGGGUCACUCGUCGGAUGGAACGAGGAGAUGUGUCGCUUUUACAAUGACAGCUGGAACGGCGAACACUUCUCCCUCCACAAACUCCAGAGAAGCAUGAGUGCUCAUCGCCAGGAGUGGAGGCUCAACACAGCGGAUAGGUAUCCGGUGGCACGACCCCGUUCCCAUGCCAAGUGCACCAAUUGCUUCGAGAUGGGACAUGUGCGAUCCAAGUGCCCGCGUCCCCGAAAGCCACUCGUCUGCUUUCUGUGCGGCACUGUGGGUCACGCCGAACCUCGCUGUCCAAAUGCGAUUUGUUUUGGGUGCGGCUCAAAGCAGGCGAUUUACGUGCAGCAGUGCAACAAGUGUUCCUUCCACAGUCGUCUGGUCUGUCAGCUGUGCAAGAUGAGGGGCCAUGGCACGGAUCACUGCCCGGACAAGUGGCGUCGAUACCACUCUACGACUCGAUCUAACGUGGAGCUGGAUAGCAGGGUGCAUUACAGGAAUGUACAGUGCAGCUACUGCGCCGGACGCCAUCUCUUCGAGAACUGCCGCCAGCGCAUCGGGGAUUUCCGCAGCACCAACUACACGAGCCAAAUUAUAUCGCACCAGAAGGUCUACAGGAAUCGCGGUGGUCCCUUGGGCUUUCUUGGCGAUCUGAACAGCUUCUUUUCGAUUCCCUUUCACUUCAAGUGGAAGAGUGCGAGUAUGCCUAAGAACAGCUACUAUGCCAAGUUCCUGAUCCAGGUCAACUUGGCCAAGACGCAGUCAAUUAAAAGAAAAUCAACCACUGCUCUGCCGGAGAUUCCAGCAAAGGUUUAUACCCACGACUAUGUGCCCAAUGCUCAGGUGCGAGCAGCUCAAGGCGAGGCUAAGAAAUCGAUUUCAAAGCCAAAGCAAUCACCUGUUGUGGAGGUAAUUAUUGGAGAGAAACCUGCAGAGAAGCAACCAGAAAAGCAGAAACCUGAAGAGAAUCAAACGGAAAAACAGCAACCUAAAGAGCAAAAACCUGAAGAGCAGCAAACUAAGGAGGAAACUUUAGAGGAACAACCAGGAGAAGACCUAUCUAAGGAACAGCAACCUGUACAAGAACAACCUGCGGAUGACCCACCAGUAGAGGUACAGCCAACGGAUGAGCCUGAGGAGGAGCGAUCGUUUUCCAUUCAGCGUGAAGAGAUUACCACCAAUUACCAGGCUCCCCAACAGGAGAUGCCCACAACCAGGCCACCACUGGCACCUCAUGAGCUGGACUCCGAUUCGAAUUACAGCUUCUCCGAGCACUUUGAGGUGCCCAGUUCGACAACAAGUGACGAGCAGGAGAGUCAGCCACUCAAUCGUGCGAUCAGUCGUCCCAUGGCCUCCCUGCCAGAUGUAAUACCCCUGAGUAUGGAUGACGAUUUCGAACUCUCCACAAACGUUCAGGGAAUUUCCAUGUGCGUGAACUCCAGCAGCAGCAGCAGUCGUAAGACUACCCAGGAUCCCCAUCCGGAUUCAAGUGAUGAGCUGCCUGAUGUGCCAAGCGAGGGCAAGAUCAUCAUGUCUCGCGAACAAUCUGAGUACCUGUUCAGUCCCGAGGGAAGAAAUUUCCUAGCCGAGGCCGCCAAACAAUGCCAAGUUAGCGUACGCAUGGAUUUCAAGGACUACGGAUAUGUUCUGGUUAUCUAUGGCCUGAAACAGCACCAGGAGGAGCUGCAAGUGAAGCUACUGCGUCGCAAUCAGGAAGUCAAGCGCAAGAGCAUCGAGUUCCAGAAACAGAAACCUCCCAAACGGAUUGAUGUGCUUAUUCGCUUUAUGCGAGAUGGGAUCAAUAGUCUGACCACCAAUCUGGGCAAUGCCAAGAAUCACUAUAUGCGCAUCAAGGAGCUGGAGGAGAUGAACACGAAAAACGGCUUUAAGUUGGCCGAAAAGAAGCGUCGCCAACUGAACAUGAUCCUGGUGGGUCAGGCGGGACUCCUGAAUGGCAAAACCCACCUGGAUCAGCUGCUGAUUUUGUUGCGUCGCCUGGUCGACGAGUUCUCGCCGGAUGAGAACGCCACGCCGCAGAUGCGCAACGAGAUCGAGGACCAUUGGCGCAUGAUCUUCACCGCAUAUCCGCAUCCGAAUUACGACUCCCUGCUCAAUAGCUAUGGCCGCAUGGAUCAAAAGAAUCGUCUGCCUUCACUGCAUAUUGAUCCGGUUCUGCUGGGAUUGCAGCCAAAGAAAACGCCGAGUCAGCCGUCUUCGCCGAGUAAACGAGCUCCCUCGCCAACUCCGCCUCCUCCUGCUUGGCAGCAUAUGGCUCCGCCUCCCCCUCCGAAAAUGCUUAAGAAAAAGCAACGCCAAGAGCAACAAGUGCAGCAGCAACAGCAGCAGAAUGCAAAGCAACAGGAGCAGCAGAAUCAACGAUUGCAGCAGCAACAGCAACAACGGAUGCAACAGCAACAGCAGAAUCAGCAGCAACAGCAACGAUUGCAACAGCAAAUUCAACAGCAACAACAACGAUUGCAGCAGCAACAGAAACAAAAUCAACAACGAUUGCAACAGAACCAACAGCAACAUCAACAACAACAACGUGUGCAACAGCAAAACAACCAGCAGCAGCAACUUCGACGUCCGCAAUCGAACCAGAUGCCCUUCAACAAUCCCCAGCAAAGAUCGCGAUCCGAUCUUCAGCUGCGCCAGACCUUCAAUCCGGAGUGCGUCCGCCUGCUCGCCGAGAUGGAUGCCAACGAUCGUGGCAGCAUCAACAAGGACGCCAACAAGCCGUCCAUGUUCUGGUCACGCGAAUCGCUCAAGUACCUUGACGAUCUCUUCAAGAUGACCUCCAAUACGGAAACCGUGGAGCGCCUCAACCGGGUGCUCCAUCGAUCGCAGCGUGGUCUGUUGUCCCACAACGAUUACCGUGCGGUCAUUCGUCUGCACUCGCUGUUGUGCAACUGAGAAUGGGCCACUGGCUGGGGGAUUCUUUCCUGGGGGAGACUUAUAUUUUGUUAAACAAAUGCCAAUAGAUUUCACAAUGGGUAUCUGAAAGAUAUUACGCAAAAACCGAAUAAAUACAUAACUGACAAUUUUCAAAA